CUAAAUCAAGUCAAAUUAAUUUCGCACAAAAAAAAGAAAAACCCAAACUCUGCACAAAGUGUAAAGCUGCACGCACCUCUCUGCAAUUCCUCCGAUCCCGUCCGUGGAAAUUCCACCGGAAAAUCUCGAUUCCGGCGAGAGAUGGUGCUUUCGCAGAAAAUUCAUGAGGCGUUCAAGGGGACGGUGGAGCGAAUGACCAGCCCCCGCACCGUAUCCGCCUUCAAAGAGAAAGGCGUCCUCAGCAUCAACGAGUUUAUCCUCGCCGGAGAUAAUCUCGUCUCCAAGUGCCCUACCUGGUCUUGGGAAUCAGGUGAGCCUAGCAAAAGGAAGUCAUAUUUACCACAAGAUAAGCAAUUCUUGAUGACUAGGAACGUCCCCUGUCUCCGUAGAGCUGCCUCAAUUGAAGAAGAAUAUGAGGCUGCAGGAGGUGAAGUUUUACUUGAUAAUGAGGAUAAUGAUGGUUGGCUGGCUACUCAUGGAAAACCUAAAGAAAACAAAAAUGACGAGGAUGAAAAUUUACCCUCCAUGGAGACUCUAGAAAUCAGCAAGAAGGAGACAAUCCAGUCAAUCCCAUCUUACUUCGGAGAGGAGGAAGAGGAGGAUAUUCCAGACAUGGCAGAAUUUGAAGAUGCAGACAACCUUAUUGAAAAUGAUCCUGCAACACUUCAGACUACAUAUCUCGUGGCUCAGGAACCUGAUGACGAUAACAUUCUGCGAACCAGGACAUAUGAUGUCAGCAUCACGUAUGACAAAUAUUACCAAACGCCUCGAGUCUGGCUCACUGGAUAUGACGAGUCAAGGAUGCUUUUGCAACCAGAACUUGUUCUUGAAGACGUUAGUCAAGACCAUGCACGCAAAACGGUUACGAUUGAAGACCAUCCGCACUUGCCUGGCAAACACGCUUCUGUACAUCCAUGCCGCCAUGGCGCUGUAAUGAAAAAAAUCAUUGAUGUUUUAAUGUCACGUGGAGUAGAGCCCGAAGUUGACAAGUACCUCUUCUUGUUCUUGAAAUUUGUGGCGUCUGUUAUCCCUACCAUAGAAUAUGAUUACACAAUGGACUUUGAUCUCGGUAGCUCUAGCUCCUGAUUUCAAGAUUGAUUCUGGCAAAGCAAUUGUCAUAAAAUGUCGAAAAGCUGUUACUCCUACGGUGAAACUUCUCUGAUACUCGUGCUUCAAAUUGUCAUUCCUUGUAUAUUACAUUACAUAUGAUAUCUCUAUAAGAAUGAUGUACACUAAUGAACUUGCUUGAAGGUUUGCUUACGUCAUACCUACUAUCUGUAUCAUAAUUUUUUUUCUUCUUUAUUUGGCUAUUUUCAACUU